AUGGAGUGCGGGGUUGUUCUGCAGCUAAAUAAGCACAUUGAUGAACUUCCUGAAGGAGCUGUGAAGCCUCCAGCAAAUAAAUACCCCAUCUUCUUUUUUGGGACUCAUGAAACUGCGUUCCUGGGGCCCAAAGACCUUUUCCCAUAUAAAGAAUAUAAAGAUAAGUUUGGGAAAUCGAACAAGCGAAAAGGAUUUAAUGAAGGCCUGUGGGAAAUAGAAAACAACCCUGGAGUAAAGUUUACUGGAUAUCAGGCAAUUCAGCAACAGAGCUCAUCAGAAACUGAAGGAGAAGGAGGAAAUACAGCAGAUGCCAGCAGUGAGGAGGAAGGUGAUCGGGUAGAAGAGGAUGGAAAAGGAAAAAGAAAGAAUGAAAAAGCCGGCUCAAAACGGAAAAAAUCCUACACUUCAAAGAAAUCCUCCAAGCAGUCACGAAAAUCUCCUGGAGAUGAAGAUGAUAAGGACUGCAAAGAGGAAGAAAAUAAGAGCAGCUCUGAUGCUGGGGACGCAGGCAAUGACACAAGAAACACUUCUUCAGAUUUGCAGAAAACCAGUGAAGGGACUUAACCAACAUAAUGACUGCUGAAUAUUAAGGGAAAACACAAGAAGGUUACAUGUUUGGUUGUCUAAUAUUCUUGGAUUUGAUAUGAGUCACCACAUCUGUUCAUUAGUACCAUCAUCAGCAUCCCAGUUUGUAUGCACAUUAUUCACAUUCCUAUCUGUUGUGUUUGCAGAAAUGACAUUUUUACCCUUUUUUCUAAGGGUUACUUUUUGAUUUUCAUAUUAUUUGGUUGCAUGAAGUUGCCCUUUUCCAGUGGCUGAGGUUUAUGAAGAUAUCGCAUACUUGAACAUGUUUUAGAUUCCUUUUCUAGACAGAAAAGGCAUAAUUCCAAAUUAUAUCAUUCUAAAUCAACAUUUCUUAAACACAACUAAAUCUUAGAAAUGAGUCCCCUCCAUACAAUGCUACAAUUAUCUUCCACAUACAAACAUAAUUUUAAAUUUUCCUAUAUCCAUUCCCUCUUGGGUUUUGAUCAGUUUACAACAUAAAAGAAAAAUUAUUCUUCAGUUGAAAUCACCGCCAAGUUCAAUAAUGUAAUAAAAUACCUUUCCUUAUUAGAAGUACCUAGCUAGUUAUACUCUUAAUACUUCUCCAAACCAUGAUGUAAUGUACACUAUCUGACUUAGUUCCUAUAUGUGGAGUUAGUGAAAGUCUUUUUGUGUUUCUUUAGAUUAAUACAAGGAUUUUUCCAAUGCCAACACAAUUUGAAAUCAUUCAUUUGGAUGCUUUCCAUUUUUAAGCUUACUGUGAUAUACAGCCCUAUGGGAAACCAAAACAAAACAUCAAUUUUAAAGAAUGAAAGGCUUAAAAAAGGAUGCUGUCAUUCUGGCUUUUUUUUUCCUUUUGGAAAUAGAACUAGACUAGUAAGUAAGCAUUCCAAAUCCAUUACUCUGUGUACAUUAUUGUUGCUAUUGUGAUAAUAGAGAUUUUUAUUUAUUUUUAUGCCAGCUUUUAUUGUGAAAACAUAUUUAGUCUGGUUUUAUCAAUCCUUGUUAUGCUUGUCCUUGGAACAUCUUUUGCGUAUUCAAGGUUUGUAGUUGAUGAGUUUACUGUAAAAAACUAAAAAAAAAAAAA